UAUGACUCAGAAUCUGGGAUUCGUUUUCUGAGAGGAAAAGUGGUGAUAAUGAAGCUUUUCUUUAAUGUACUCGCAGUGACUUUGCUUUUACUCGACCAUGGUGUGUCUGGUAUCAGAGUGUCAUUGUCAUUGAUUGAGGGAGAUUUAGUCACUCUACACACUGGGGUUGAAACAAAGUACCAAGAGGAUAUUAAAUGGUAUUUCAGAGGCAUUCGCAUCGCUCAAAUCAGUGGAGAUCUCAGUGAUAUCUGUACAGAUGUUCAGUGUAAUGAAGGUACUGAGAGAUUCAGAGACAGACUGAAGCUGGAUCAUCAGACUGGAUCUCUGACCAUCAGAGACAUCAGAACCACAGACUCUGGGGAAUAUAAACUCAUCAGUAGCAGCUACAGUGAAAAGAUCUUCAGUGUUUCCAUCACUGAUGUUCCUGCUGCUGAACUACAUGAAAUGAAGGAGAGAGAAUCUGUCACUCUAGAUUCUGGUGAAAUAAAACACCCAAAUGAUGUGAUCACAUGGUAUUUUAAUAACACUCUUAUCUCUGAAAUCACUGGAGAUCAGAGUAAGAUCUGUACAUAUGUGCAGUGUGCUGAGAGAUUCAGAGACAGACUGAAGCUGGAUCAUCAGACUGGAUCUCUGACCAUCACAAACACCAGAACCACAGACUAUGGACUCUAUGAACGGCAGAUCAUCAUCAGCAACAGCAGGUUCAGCAUCACCAGAGUGAAGAGAUUCAGUGUUUCUGUCACUGCGGUUUCAGAUUCAGGUCUGUCUUCAGCUGCUGUAGCAGGAAUUGUUGUUGUUGUUCUGCUGGUGGCUGCUGCUGCUGUAGCUGCAGGUGUGGUUUACUGUCACCGCAGGAGCCAUACAGCAGUACCACCGAAUGAGGAUGAUGAUGGUAACUCACCGCCUGAUCCUAAUAACAUUCGUUUGAGGUAGAUGGGAUGUCCUUAAACUCUGUUUACUCAGAAGGUGAUCCGAAAAUGUCAGUAGUCAGUACCAAUACCAUUACAAUUGUCACACCUAUUAUAGCAUACCAAUUUAAAUGAC